AUGACAGAGGUGAAGAACAUAGAGAAGCUGCAGCUUUGGCUCCUUGUCCUCGCUGGCCUCUCAGGAGCCGUCGCCCAGUCAGAUCUCUGUGGGCAGGUGUUUGUUUUUCCAAAGGAGUCUGCUGAUGCCCAUGUUAUCCUGAACAUGAACAACAAUGGUACUCUGCAGACCUUCACCAUGUGUCUGAGAUAUUUCACUGACCUGACCCGGGCCUUCAGCCUGUUCUCCUACGCUACCAGGACCAGAGAUAACGAGAUCCUCCUCUACAAAGACAAGCCCGGAGAGCUCAGCCUGUAUGUUGGGGGGGAACCGGUGACCUUCAAAGUCCCAGAAAACAAAGGCACAAGCACUGGCUGGGAGCAUGUUUGUGCCAGCUGGGAAUCCGCCACAGGUAUAGCCGAGCUCUGGGUGAACGGGAGUCCCUGACCCAGGAAGGGGCUGAAGAAAGGCUACGCUAUCAACAACCAGGGUGUGCUCAUCUGGGCGCAGGAUCAGGACUCCUUUGGGGGUGGAUUUGAUGCCAAGCAGUCAUUUGUAGGGGAAAUUGCUGAUGUGUACAUGUAG